AUUGCGUUCUCGUUCCUCUCCGAGAAACGGUGGUAUGUGUGUACAGCUAAGCCUGAGACCGGUACCGGUACCAGGUUCAGUUAACAAAAAAGCUCCCCUCAAAACUCAUCUUCUCACAAUUCACAAUCAUCUCAUUGAAAGACUUGACCACUUGACCUACCCAUUUAUUUUUUGCAAUUGAUCUUGUACCCUCAAUCCCUACUGAAUAUCCAGCCAACAUCAUGGGAAACUCCCCUUCCAACAGCUGCGAUCUCGACGCUGAUACACUUGCUUUUGUAAUGGAAAAGACAAAGAAUAAGAGAAGUGGCUCCAAGCGAAACGGCAAGGGACGAUCUUCCCAGAAGAGCCGACGGAGGUCUUCUUGCCACCAGGCUUCAUCUUGUGCCAUGUUGGACGAAUGUGAUGUGGAUGACAUUCUUGAGUUGGUACAAGAACUGAAACGAGAUGGUCAGGGCACAGAGCUGCUAAAAGAGUUCCUUGACUACCGAAUGGGCAAGUCAAAGCGGGAACCUCGAAUCUUUGACCUUUUGAUGGACAGGGCCGACAAGUCGCAUCCACAGCCGCCGCCGCCGCCCAUUUCGGAGAUUCAGAUAGUCUUGGACUGUGGCUAUACCGGUAACGGACACGGGGACCUGUAGAGUGAGUCAAGAACACCACGACAGCAGGAAAAGCAGCCCGGCAAGGAGACAAAACGAUUCUCAACAACAACACCAGCCAGUUGAUCAGGCACAUAUGUACCAGUAGGGGUCUUUACCAAUAGAAACAAUUUUAUCCUUC